ACUUAGAGAGUACAUAGAAUGACGCCGAUAAAUUGAAAUUCCCAAGUCAAAAAGUAAGAAUCUUCUCGUAUUGGACGGAAAAUAGGAAGGAACAAUACUAAUGCACCCGGUAAUCAUGUUCGGCGCCAUUCUUUGUUCUCCCUGGCCCAAGAUGCAUCUAGUCUCGAAUUCUUUUAUGCAGACUGCUGCCAGCUCAAGAACAUCCGCAGCAGGUUUGGAUCAGUCCCAAAACAUCAUGUCAAAAGUCAUUGUUGUUGGAGCAGGGCUCUAUGGUCUCAUUGUGGCCAAAACAUACCUUCAGGUUUCCGGGGCCUACGACGAUGAGAUCUCAGACAAUCCCGAGAAGCCGUGUCUCGAUGACCUCCCGUAUCCUUUCGCUACGUCCAAAGACGAGGUUCUCGAGGGAACAAAAACUCAUCUCCUGAUUAUCGACGGCGCGUGCGGACUCGGAGGCACAUGGAAUCAUGAUAGACUGUAUCCUAACUUGCUCAGUCAAAAUUCUUACGGCAUGUACGAGUACAGCGAUCUUCCGAUGACGUCCGCCGUUGGGCAUGACGAGGAUGGCCCAAACGGUCAAUUCAUCGCAGGCUGGAAAAUCAAUCGAUAUCUCCACGCGUGGAGCGAGAAAUGGGAUUUGACAAAGCAUAUGCGCUUCAAUUGGCGGGUUGCUAGUAUCAGCCGGCUCGCCAACAAGGAAUGGAAACUGGAAAUCGACAUCGUGUCCCCGUCGCCAGGCCGACGUGUCACUGUGCUCUGCGACAAACUUGUUCUUGCUGCCGGGUUGACGCCAGAGCCGAAUAUGCCUGACAUUGCCGGAUUGGACUGGACGGCUAACUCAACGCCACACAAUGUCCACGCAAAAGACGUAGGCAAAUACUGUCGAGACCAUCUAGGCUAUCAUCCUGUUCCCGACAGGCUUUCGGAGAAGAAGGGAGAAAUCAUUGAAGUUGAAACACGAAAUAAACAGCAGCCUCUGCGUUCCGUGGCGAUAUACGGGGCAAAUAAGUUUUCGUUUGAUUUCGUCCAUUUGUUUGCGUCGCUGCAUUAAGGGCUACCUGGUCAGCAUAUGACUGUUGUUCCCGCAGACCCGGUUCAGGUUCAUUGGGUCAUUCGUGACAAGGGCCCUGGAACGUCGUGGAUGGCACCGCCUGGCUCCUUUCUUCCCAACAAACAGCCAGUUCCCAGUGACCAAGCAGCGAGCACUCGAUCCAUGAGUCUGCUGAAUCCAUGUCUCAAUGAACUGCCUAAAACGGUGUCAUUGGUUCCAUGCUCCAACCAAUGGGGCUGGACUAUCCGUAUAGAAGGAUCAUGGUCGCGGAGGUUAAUACAGGGUAGUCC